AUGCAGUCUCUAUCACCUGACGCCGACGAGUUUGUACCAUCUACUACACGAUUUCAUUCACAACCGAAUGGGUAUUCAGAAGCUCAAUCUCAUUUAUAUCAUGGAUUCGAUACUAACUUUUUGCAGCAACAGUGGAUCUGUGGAACAGGAGAUUUUGUUACUCCCCAUACUGUAUGCGUACCUACAUUUAUCCCUUAUGAAUUUGGAUAUAAUACAUCGUAUGCACCGUAUUAUUAUUACUCUCCAGCGUUGACUACACAUGCGAUGACCACAGACAACACAAACGUUAAUGUAUACCAGGAUUUUCGUCUAUUCCAAGAUCAGCCAACCGAUUUUACCGAUAACUUGGUAUCUCGCGGGUUAUCGGAUAAUGGAUCAUCGCUAACUAAUAUCUUAUUAGCAAACAACCAAGAUCAGCUCUCACACAAUCAACUUCAACUUCCGUCAUCCAAUGAAAUUACCUUCACUGUAUCGUUUGCAGAAUCCAAAGGAUUUGUUAUGAAUGACGACGCAUCGACCGAACUUCGCCAGCUGAUCGUCGAUCGUCUGAAUACUGUGUGGUCAUUUCCAUCAGCAGUCAUCGGUGAAAAAUUAAACCAGAACUGUCUUAUAAAAUUGACUGUGGAUAAAAAUGGAUAUUAUCAAAAAGAUGAAGUUUUCCAGUCGUCUCAGAACAUGAAUUUUGACGCGGCAGUGCAGGAUACUUUACAACAAUAUGCUGUACGUUUUCCUUCAUAUUAUGCUACUUCAAACAGCCAGAUUGAUAUUCCAAGCAAUAAUACUGUAUCAUCAGUUAUUCAUGAUGUUGUUGCAAACAAAGAAGGUAUUACAUUAAUUUGGCGAACCGUUCUUCUUCUUCCUGAAAGUCUUACUAAUACAAAGUAUGCACCAUCUCAUGUACUGGUAGAUCAAGAUAUCGAGCAAUCAAAGCAAGAAUCUGACAUUGGUCAGCAACCGUAUUGCCAGAAAGAAUUAUUUUGCAAAGCAGAAGCAAACUACAAGCAAGGCAUGGAAUCCGAAUACGAAACGGAAUCGAAGCAAAGUUCAGAAUCUGAAAACAAAACAGAUUCAGAAAAUGAAACGGAAUUGGAGCAAAGUUCAGGAUCUGAAAACGAAACAGAUUCAGAAAAUGAAACGGAAUUGGAGCAAAGCUCAGGAUCUGAAAACGAAACAGAUUUAGAAAAUGAAACGGAAUUCAUGGGCCAUUCUAUAAGGUCAAAACUUGCCGACAAAGUCUGUAUUCUUCCAUCAAUAAACGAGACACAACGAUCCUUCGACGUAAGUAGAAAAGUCAAUAUUAUGUCAGGUCACUAUUUCAAAACGUGCAAGAAUGACUGGGGCCAUCUUAUAUAAACGCUAGGAAAACCAUUUGCUUAGUGUCCGAUCCAGUUUCGAUCGGCUCCUGUUUCAAUCAAGAUUUUUUGGAGGUGAGAGUGGAUGUGAGUGUGGGAGUAGACGUCUCUACUUCAAUCAUAUCUAUACCCUACCUACACCCAUACCUACCCAGCCAUAGUCAUACAUCGAAUUCCGAUGUCGAAAAUCUAGCCGACGCGUUUUCGUUUAUCGUCUAAUACAGAAUCUUAGCCAGUAUUGUAAUGCUUUCUUAACAAUGAGCCGGUUGAGACUAAGGCACCUAAUUAAUUAGCAUAUACGUUCUAAAUAAUAGUGAUACACAGUAUUGAUAUUCUAAUGUUCAUAUUAAAUCAGCAGCGAUUUGAUUAUUUAUGAUAUUUUAGCUAUUCUUCAAAUACGAUUUUAUCGGCAGUAUAAAUUCUUUUGGUUCCACCUUUUCAACCAACGACAGGUUGACAUCAACCUAUUCGCGUAAUAUUUUUGACGAUCUGUAUCUGCCAAGAUUUUCCCUAUAUCCAUUAUUGCCACGCUGCCCGACUCCAAUGUUCUUGAAUUACAAUAUACCAAACAAUUAUGUGAUGCUCACAACGCGUUAUUCCUACAAAGACAAGAAUCAUCAAAGAACAAGUAAGGCACAUAGGCAAAAUCUCAAAGGGAACGCAAAAUUACCUUUUCAACAUGUAAAAAUGAAACAAAACUUUAAUUAUUUUCGAUCGCGUCGCUUAUGUUAACGCUGUAUACUAUAACCCAUCAUCAACCUACCUAUGAUUUUGAUGUGAACGUUUUGUCGUCGUAUUAUGUGUUUUUAGUGUUUUCCUUGCUCUGUACGCCUAUUUGAUUGAUCUUUUCUUUCCUAUAUACUCUCCAUGGAUGUGGACCACUCAAACUGGGUGUGGGAUGUGGGGUGUGGGUGUGGGUGGGUGGGUGUGAGUAUGGAUAUGGGUGAAUGGAUGUGCGUGAUAUUAGAGUAACAUUACUCACACCCACAUCUACACCCUCAAGAUUGCUGAUCCUUCUGCAAAAAGCAAUGUCAGCCCAGGCACAUUCAAAUUGUGUGACAUUUUCAGGACAUAUUGCGACUGAAGUGGGAGACUAUGGUAAAUGUAUUAGCUCUGUGCAUGGACGAAUUUAAGGGACGGAUUACUAUAGGUGAUGGAACUCUGAAGUAGAGUGAGACAUGAGUUUCAUCCAAAUUUAGCGUCUGUAUGCUUGGCCUCGUCCAAAUUAUGAAUUCGAUGUUUUUUCGCACGAUGGCUUACACUUAUUUUUGAAACGAUUAUUAUUUCCGUGCGACAAUUUGAAUAUAUGAGCCCCUCGGCACAUUAGAAAACCCAGAAUGCUCUAUUCCAUGUUACCAUUCAGAGAUACUAAGGGCUCUUCUAUCAUAUGCCUAAAAAAGCCAAAUUUUUUGAUAAUCUCGACAAAAAAUCCUAAUUUCAAUCAUUUGUCUAACAUACCGUUGGCAAAUGAAUGUAUUUUAUUUAUUCCCUGUUUGUAGAAUAGAAAAGAAACGGAUAAUAUUUCAAUACAAAAAAAUGAAUACAAUCGAUAAUUAGAAGAGUGUUUUGAAAACAAUACAGGCAACAUACCCUAAAAUUUUGAUGCAAUUUAUGAUAGCACUGUUUUUUAAAGAAUAUAAUCUGUCGCUACUCCUAUUUAUAUUCGGUAUAGUUACAUUCCCUAAUAAAAGUUUUCUCUUUUCUUUUUCUGUGCUCUCAUACUAUGCAUCAAAUUUAU